GCUGGGUAAAUCGGGCGCCCGCGUAGCUUCCCCUGCUCAAGCUGCGGCAGAGAAGAAAUCGUUAGCGGCUGAGUCCAAGUCCUUCGCGGUGGGAAUGUUCAAGGGCCAACUCAACACCGAGCAGGUCUUCCCUUAUCCUUCGGCCCUCAGUGAAGACCAAGCCCAGACGCUGCAAGAACUGGUGGGCCCGGUCUCUCGCUUCUUUGAGGAGGUGAACGACCCGGAAAAGAACGAUGUGUUGGAGAAGGUGGAAGACAGGACGAUGCAGGGCCUGAAGGAGCUCGGCGCGUUUGGCUUGCAGAUCCCCGUUUCUCUGGGGGGCCUGGGCCUCAGCAACACCCAGUACGCCCGGCUGGUGGAAAUCGUCGGCAUGCAUGACCUGGGGGUGGGCAUCACCCUCGGGGCUCAUCAGUCGAUUGGGUUCAAGGGGAUCCUCCUCUACGGCACCCCGGAGCAGAAGGAAAAGUAUCUUCCCAAACUGGCGACGGGUGAGACCAUUGCUGCCUUCUGCCUCACGGAGCCUGCCAGCGGUUCGGACGCGGCCUCGAUCCGCACGACAGCUGAGCUGAGCCCUUGCGGCACCUACUAUACUCUGAACGGGGGAAAGAUCUGGAUCAGCAAUGGUGGGCUGGCCGAGAUCUUCACGGUUUUUGCAAGAACGCCCCUGAAGGACGAGGCGACUGGUGAGGUGAAGGACAAGAUAACGGCGUUCAUCGUGGAACGAUCUUUUGGGGGCGUCACACAUGGCCCACCGGAGAAGAAGAUGGGCAUCAAGGCGUCCAACACCGCCGAGGUCCACUUUGAUGCCGUCCGCGUCCCGGUGGAGAACGUUUUGGGGGCCCCCGGCGCCGGCUUCAAGGUCGCCAUGAAUAUCCUUAACAACGGGCGCUUCGGCAUGGCUGCCGCGAUGGCUGGUACCAUGCGUGGCGUCAUCAGCAAAGCGGUGGCUCACGCGGCGAACCGGACCCAGUUUGGAGACAAGAUCUAUAACUUCGGAGCCAUCCAGGAGAAGCUGGCCCGCAUGGCGCUCCUGCAGUACGUCACGGAGUCCAUGGCCUACAUGAUCAGCGCCAAUAUGGAUCAAGGAGCGUCGGACUUCCAGAUCGAAGCAGCCAUCAGCAAGAUUUUUGGCUCGGAAGCUGCCUGGACCGUGACCGACGAGUGCAUCCAGCUCAUGGGUGGGAUGGGCUUCAUGAAGGACGCUGGCGUGGAACGGGUGAUGCGUGACCUGCGCAUCUUCCGGAUCUUCGAGGGGACCAAUGACAUCUUGCGGCUGUUCGUUGCGCUGAACGGGUUCCAGAACGCCGGGAGCCAGCUGCGGGGAUUGCAGCAGGCCGUCAAGAAUCCCCUGGGGAACGCGGGCCUCUUGGUCAGCGAGGUUGGGAAGCGAAUGCGCAGGAGAGCUGGUUUUGGAACCGGGAUUUCGCUGAAUGCCGUGGUGCAUCCAAGCCUGAAUUCAAGUGCUGAACGGACGGUCCGGGCCAUCGAUCUGUUCGCCGGGGCUGUGGAGGAGCAGCUCCUGAAGCACGGCAAAAAGAUAAUCGACGAACAGUUUGUGCUGAAGCGCAUUGCCGACAGCGCCAUCGACCUCUACGCCAUGGUGGUGGUUCUCUCCAGAGCAUCCCGGUCCCUGGAGCAGGGUCACUCCACAGCCCAGCACGAGAAAGUGCUUUGUGACACUUGGUGUAUGGAGGCCAGCGACCGGGUCGUUCAGAACCUGACGUCCCUGCGGGCCGACUCCACACGGCAGUUCUUCAAGAACCUCCGGAGCAUCUCCAAGGCGGUGGUGGAGAACGAGGGGGUGGUCUCCCCCAACCCCCUGGGCAUCUGAAAAGUGCCCGCGGUUCCUGGCAGCCAGGGAGAAGAGCACGCCGCGCAUGUAACGAAAGGAUUAGGGCCUGUUCGUGGGUGGGAGGAGGGCGCACUCUUCCCUCUCUCUCCCCCACCCCCUUCCGAAGAGGGCUAGCAGCACCUUUGGAGAAUAUACCUCUUUGCUCUGUUAAAUGCCUUAAUGCACACCUCGGGGGGGGGGGACGUUGAAAGCCCUUGUUUGCAGCACCCCACCGGCCCGUCGUGCGGGGGAACGUCCUCAUCUCUAGACCUGGCGCAUCUUGAACUCGGCGUUUUGCAGCUGGAAUUGGCAAGACUGUUCCGUCACUUCAAGUUUAAUGGCGACUUGGGGCGGAAUCCUUCCAGCGGUAUUAACUGCAGGGGGCUCCUCAGCCCCCCCCCCACGCCUCGCUUGGUCCUGUGACAUCCCACAAAGCCGUUUGGGUUGCAACGUUUAGCCUCUUAAUCAGUAGCGUGUGCUUCGGUACUGAGGAUGGUAUUUUCUGUGCAUAAUUAAAUUAAAUUACU